AUGGGCUCCCUCGAUGUCGUUCCCUAUUGGCAGGUCAACUGUCCUCCACACGAAUGGACCGUUGAAUGCCCUCCGUUCCUCGCCAGCCUCAACGAAAAGGACCGUCGUAUCGUUGGCACGCCAGAUUCCGCCUUCCAAGUUCUCACUUGGGAAGAGGUCUGCACAAUCAUUCAGGAGAACCGCCUGGAAGCCUUUCAGAGAAUCCCUUCUGAGCUGAGACGCUACAAGGCCUUCACUUUCAAACUAGCCAAGCAAUACGGCAGCAUUGCUAGCUUCAUCCUCCAAGAACGAUUACGCUGGGAAGCUCCUAUCCAGGCCAGGGGAAGGCCGUUCCAGUAUGCAGACGAUAUCAAGAUUCUCUGGAACGACUGGCCCUAUGGACUGGACAAGAAGGUCGUCCACCUCGUUGUCUGGACCAAAUUCGAGUUGAAGGCCAAUCAAGUGAAUGGGGACUUGACAGAAGAGGCUAGAGCAGAGAUUGACGCGUUUGUGACCAAGACGUUCCGAUCAAGGGUUCCAGCCGAAAACGUCAUGUGGUUCAAGAAUUGGGCGGCGCUAAAGUCGAUUCACGCCGUUGAACACUUCCACGUUAUGAUGUACGAUCCUGAUCCCGAGUUUAUUCGCGAAGUGACCAACGGCGACGUGCCUCAGUGCGCAAAAGCAGACUUGUAA